ACGUCCGACUAAGUAGUUCAUCAUGGAGAGUCGUUCAGGUAGCAUAAAGGAUCCGAUGUAUUAUCCUGAGAAUGAUGGCACGUCGAGCGGUGGUGGCGAACAAGACAAGAGUCAACGCAGUUCGCUCGGCAGCCAGGAGAUCAGCCUGGAUGACAACAAUGCGCUUAAGGUACCUCGCAAAUUUAUCACCAACUGGCGGCAGGCGUGCGAUCGUACGCGAGAUCGGACCAAGGACCUUCUGAAAAGAUGGAGAACAACCAGCAGCAACGUCGACGAGCUCGCCGUCGCGCCCGUCGUCGCCCCCGAACUGGAACAGCCCGGUUGGAGCGUGCACGUCUGGACGACCUGGGUGAGCCGCUUUCCGAGUGACGACAGUUUAUCCGCCAUUGAAUUUAGUAAAAGUGGGGGUUCGGAGACCUUAGCCCCCAUUCAACGUGAUAAAUUUUCUCAUUUUUUUACGUACCUCUUAGAUCACGAUAAAGAUGGUUACAUCAAUAGGAAGGACUUUUCGUUAUUCUCAGAGCGUUUGAGAAGAUUUGCUGAUUGGUCAUGGAACGGUCCGGAGUACCUAAGGCUUCUGGAAAUCGAAAACGGAUUCGCCGGAUUGGUCCUUCGGGAUAAGAAAGGGCUCGAGGAGCUGAAUAAAAAGAUCGAUCUCGAGGCCUGGUUAUCCUGGUGGGCGCAGAUCGUUGCACCGCCGGACGGUGCUAGUUACAAUGAUAUGCCGUUCUGGAUCAAAGUUAUGCCUAGAGUAUUUUUCCUCGCCAUAAAUAGCUCCGGAAGUGGGAUGAUCAGCAAAAAGGAACUCGUGGCCUUUUAUAGUUCCGUAGUCGGUUUGGACACCGACAGGAUAAACAAGUGCCUGGAUAUCGCGUACAAUUCUAUGACUUCGAAUGGAGACCAUCCUCUUGGCUGGGCGCAGUAUCAGUUAAUAUUCGCCAAUUUCUUGUUUGGCCGCGGCCCGUUUGGACCGGGAGAACAUUUCCUGGGCAUGACGGAUGCUUGCAUGAUUCGCGGUAAUACCAUACCAUUCCCUAUCGAUUAUUCCGCGAUGAACACACCGCGGGACAAAUUAGAAGUGUACAGUCCUCAUUGCAAGAGCAACAGACGAAGUGUCGUAGUCUAACGAUGAAGUCAUCGUAAGAGAGUUCCUUUUAAUUAGUGAUGCAAAACGUGCACAAUCGUCCCUCGAGUGCCUAAUACUGCGUGUUAUAUGCCGUAUAUGUUUGAUACAAAUUUAUUUUAGUUACAGAAAGAACUAAAUAGGAAAGAAUUGAAGGAAAUUAUAUUGUCCAUCUUGCACAAGUAUAUGUACAAAAAGCUCGAUUAACUGUUAAGAACAUAAUUAGUGGUAUCACAUCCUAAUACACUAUUACACUGCCAUUUACCUUAUAGGAACAUCAUCACGGAAAAAGUAGAUCAAGUGGUUCAGCAAAGCUGUAACUUGCUGCGCGAGUUUAACAUCUAUAUCCUUACAGCACAUCUAUACCCUAGUUGCACAAAAAUGACAUCAACAUUGCAACAUUGCAGCAACAUUACAUGUUGAAGCAAUAGUACAGAGAUUUUGCGGCGAUAUUGCUGUAAAUUUUGUGCUGUAUGGAUAAUGGAAGAAGUUUUUUUCAUUACAGCGAUUAAUAAUUUUGAUCUAUGUAUUGGGUUGAUUUUUAUAGAAAGUCAUCUUUGCUGUAUUAACAGUGCUAUUACAACAAAUGUGAUUACCUAUAAUCGCUAUUUUAUUUAUACAACUUUGCUACUUUAACGUACAAAACUGACUGUUUAUAUACUGAAUAUGACUGAAAAUUUGCUGUAUCAGUGAAAUUGUUUUAACAAAUCUGUUUUUCCGUGAUGAGUAUUCUUCACACAUAAUGUGUCUAAUUUAAAAAAUAGAACACAAAGAGGUUUAACUGCAGAUUAAAUUUUAAAAAACGCAAUUAAACGCAAAGUGUUUAACUCUGCAAGUAGAAGUAUAAUCGUAUCAUUUAACGAAGUGAAAAAGAGAUUAUUACGUAUUUAUAAAAUUUAUUUUAAACGCUUGGCACUUAGUACUUCUUACACAUCGAAGUCGCCGCGACACGUGGAUGAUAUUACAUGAAAGAAAUAUGACUUUUGUUACAGCAUAUCGAUCAUCGACGCGUAACGGUAAGAGCGUUUCUAUGUAAAACGAUUAUUGUUGUCUAAUGAGAAAA